GUAAUUUCAUAGACAUUAAUCUUUGAAAAAGUAAUGGCGUCCAGAUCGAAAAAUCUUUCCGAGCUUCUCCAAGAGGCAGAGCUACUCUCAGCAGAUAUAGGAGGGAACGAUGAGCUCCCCCGAGUCCAUAGAAACCUCCACCAAAUAGCUGAGGCUGGCCAGCGCCUCCUGAAUAAAGCUACAGGAGACAUUCCUAAAGAAAAAGAAGGGAAAGCCUCUAUAUUAUUGAGUUCUUGUGGUUUUGAUGUCCCGAGGACUUCUCAACGUCUUGAGACUCUUAAUGCUACAAAGAAUCUUGAGCCAAUAGAUCCAGUCUGGGAGACUGAUAUAGAAGGUUUUCUCAGAAAUGAGAGAGAGAAUACCUUACUAUCUAUUAUCGAAGAAUCAAGGAAUAAUAGGUUUUCCGAAGCUGAUAAAAGAUUAUGGAAGCACACGAUUGAUGAAUGGGAUAAGGAGAAAGAGAAGAUUUUAGAGUCAUUGCUUGAACCUUCUAAUCAAGAAUUUCCUGAGCUUCCUACACAAGCUGAAGCUCUUAAUGUUGAUCCUCUUAGUUUUCAGGGACGCAGUGCCUUGAGUGCUGUUGAAAUGGCAUAUGCAAGAGAAUUAUAUUAUGCUAAUGAUUCUGAGUUACACGAUGUCCCUUGUGCAUUAGUGACUAAGUUUCAUGAAGCAAGCAAAUCCUUUAAUGACAAAAGUAUUAAGGAUUCUUGGCUACUUCUUAAGAUGUUGCUUGAUGUUCAUACGCUGCCUCCUGAUGCUCAUAAUCACAGAUCAUCGUCGAACCUUCUCAAACAAUUCAUACAAAAGUCAAGAACAUUCCUUGAAAAACAAUAUCUGGAGUAUGUAAAGGAUUUAGUGUAUAGCAAUCUCUCUCAGUCUCAACUAGGAGGAGUCCCUGGCACAGCUAAACUCAUUCAGAGUUAUUUGAAAUUGAAGCAUGCAUCAGCAAUGCCUGGACUUGAGGAUGAGUUGGUAGACGGCCAGCCUCUUUGGGCUAUUGUAUUCUACUGUAUGAGAUGUGGAGACUUAGAGGCUGCAAGAUCUGUCCUGGGGAGUCAUUACGAUGUAGCCCAAUAUUUGGAGGAGUAUCAGAACACGCCAGAUUACAGACUCUCUCCUACAUCAGAGAAUACAUUAAAGCAGCUGUAUAACAAGACAGUUAGGAAUAGUACUGAUCCUUACAAGAAAGCAGUGUUUUGUGUACUGGGAAGAUGUGAAUUAAACAAUACACACUAUCAGGUACUAGUGAAAACUGAGGACUAUAUGUGGCUAAAGUUGUGUCAAGUUAAUGUUGAUGGUGGCUAUUCUUCUGAUCAAUUGAAUUUCUCUUCAUUGCAACAUUUACUCCUUAAAGACUAUGGUGAGUCUCAUUUUGAUGCUCAAAGGAAUCCACAUCUUUAUUUUCAAGUGUUACUCCUCACUGUUCAGUUUGAAGCUGCGAUAGAAUUUCUGUCACGUAUUGACUCUUUACGUUGUCAUGCAGUUCACUUUGCUCUUGCAUUACAUGAUCAAAACCUACUCCAUCCUUGUGAAUCCUUUAAUUCUCCUUUAUUGAAGGAUGAGCCUAAUGGCAUAGCAAGGCUUAACUUAGGCAAACUGGUUAUUGGAUACACUAGAAAGUUUGCAUUGACUGAUCCUCGGGAAGCACUCGAAUACUUUUACAGACUCAAGGAUUUAAAGGACAGUUUGGAUAGGAAUCUCUUUUUCUCUUGUGUUAGUGAAUUAGCUCUUGAGAGCAGAGAAUUUGAGAUGAUACUUGGAAGAAUAGAACCGGAUGGAUCAAAAAGACACGGCUGUAUCAAUAAAUUCUCUCCUAAAGUUGGAGAGAAAGUCGAAGCUGAAAUAACUAGUUUCAUAGCAGAAGAGGCUGAGGGACAAGGACGUUUCGAAGACUCUGUUAGACUCUAUGACUUAGCACAGGAGAGAGAGAAGGUCCUGGAGUUGCUGAGCCACUUACUAAGUGGAGUUGUUUCUUCUCCCUCACCACCUCAGUCCGAUCGUCACAGAUUACAGCAACUAUCAGUAUCCAUUGCUGAAAGGUAUCGUAACCAUGGUUAUACUACAUCAAUGCAGAUCAGCCACACUUUCUUCCUACUCCUUGAUCUGAUGCAGUUUUUUGAUGCGUAUCAUGCAAAGAGAUUGGAUCAAGCUUUUGAUAUCAUUAAGAAGCUACACUUGCUCCCUCUGACUCCUGGGGAGAAAGUUGAGCAAAGAGUUCAAGGAUUUCGAACAAUGAGUGACUAUGUGAGACAGUGCUUUCCUGACCUACUGCUGGCAGUAAUGACCAUUAUAUGUACUCAGUAUAGAAAAGCUAGGUAAGAGAUUAUGCGUAUAGAACAUGCAUUAUUGCCUUUUGUUUUUAGUUCUACUCCAGUAAAAGGCAAAGAGCAAAAUGACGGGAUACAAAUGUUGAUGAGUAGGCUACGCACAAAUGCCCAGUCAUUGAUAACUUUUGCUGGAAUGAUACCUUAUCAAAUGCCCGGAGACAUCAAUGCACGUCUUGUACAAAUGGAAGUACUAAUGAACUAACAUUUUAACUUGAACUCGUAAUUAUUGUGAUAAUCUAGUCAAAAUUACUGCUUACUAGUAUUAGUACCAUACCAUACUCAC